UGGCGACGACUUUCUUCUCGAAUCUUUAUAAUACGGGAAGUCUGGAGCUGCUCGAUAUCACUUCCAGCUCGGCAGUGAGUCCGAUCGAGAUGGUUCUCAAAGUUGUACUUCUCCUGGUGGCCACCACUUUCUGGGGCCAAUCGUUGGCGGGCCUGCUGAAUUCGUUCAGCGCCGAUAACGACUUUACGGCUGCCUACCUGAUGGACAGCAUGUUUGGCAUCGUUACUAAUAACACCAAGUCUAUCUUGACCGGCGAUUCUACGAACCCGAUUGAGGUUGAUGUCAAGUUUUUCUGUGGGAAUCGCAACGCACCUUCGCUGGAGGUAACGACGAUUGAUGAUGGCAGCUUGGAAGGCAAAAUCGAUACCUCCAAGCCGCUGGUGCUUGUCAUCCACGGCUGGUUGGACAAUAGCAGUCGAAACUGGAUGAAGCUGAUGGCGGCGGACUAUUUGCAGUUCGUAGAUACUAAUGUGUGCCUCGUGGAUUGGGGUAAUUUGGCAAUCUACGGCUAUGCUUUUGCGGCCAACCAUACCUACGCAGUCGGUGACUACGUUGCUGAAUUCGUGUCCUACCUGAGUGGUCAAGGUAUCUCGCUGUCCAAGGUGACGUUGGUUGGACACAGUAUGGGCGCCCAAAUCAGCGGCCAGGCCGGAAUGAAGUUGGGUGGCCAGGUUGGUGCGAUCUACGGUCUGGAUCCGGCAAGCCCCCUAUUCAGGAUGCCCUUUGACGUGGGAACCUCAAGAAGGUUGGAUAAAUCUGAUGCCAAGUAUGUCCAGAUGAUCAUCACAUCCCGUUGCACGUGGGGAGUCUGCGUGGGUGAUGGCCACGAGAACUUUUACCCUAAUGGAGGACUCGUACCGCAGCCGAACUGCGUGGUUCCAGUGUUCUCGAACGCAGAAACUCCGGAACCGAUCAGCUGCAGCCAUUGCCACGCAUAUACACUUUUCCGAAUGUCACUGAACCCCAAGAACGUGUUUAAUGGAAAGAAAUGUUCGGGAUUUGUAGCAUACAUGGCCAUGGCAUGUCUGUUCAACCCAACCUCCAAGAUGGGAAUCUACUCCAGACGCCUGGGUGGAGACUUUUACAUGCGGACUUCGCCAGUUCAACCGUUCACUCCGUUGUUUUGAUGAUAAAAAAUAAAUAAUAAA